AUCCAAAUUAAAGGAAAAACGGUCCCACGAAAAUAGAAUACAGAAUAAAAAAAACAGUUGCCAAGAAGGCAAAACCCUAGUUUCAGUGCUAAAUAAAGAAAAACCCAAAACCCCGGAAUCUUUCUGAUUCCAGUACUCAUCAACGGUUCCAAUUGGCGGACUUAUAAAUCCUUCACCAUUUCAGCACCACUAACUUAAUUUCACAUUUCUGAUUCAAUACACAGCAAAGGAAGAGAGAGAAAGCGCUGAGGAGUGAGAAAGCCAAGGAGAGAGAAAGAGGUGGUCCGGCAUCAUGUGUGGCAUUCUCGCGGUCUUCGGAUGCCUCGAUACUUCCCAUACUAAGAGGUCUAGAAUCAUCGAGCUUUCUCGGAGGUUACGUCAUAGAGGCCCUGACUGGAGUGGCAUACACUGUUUUGAGGAUUGUUACCUUGCCCAUCAGCGAUUAGCUAUUGUUGAUCCCACUUCGGGAGAUCAGCCACUUUAUAACGAGGACAAGACAAUUGUUGUCACAGUCAAUGGAGAGAUAUACAAUCACAAACAGUUAAGAGAGAAGCUGAAGCUUAAGUCGCAUAAGUUUCGUACUGGUAGUGAUUGUGAAGUGAUUGCUCACCUUUAUGAAGAGUAUGGGGAAGAGUUUGUGGAUAUGCUGGAUGGAAUGUUCUCUUUUGUACUUCUUGAUACACGUGAUAAAAGCUUCAUUGCUGCUCGUGAUGGUGUUGGUAUUACCCCAAUGUACAUGGGUUGGGGUCUCGAUGGGUCCACUUGGUUUGCUUCAGAAAUGAAAGCAAUAAGUGAUGAUUGUGAACGGUUCAUCGCUUUUCCUCCUGGACAUAUAUAUUCAAGCAAACAGGGUGGAUUGAGAAGGUGGAACAACCCGCCAUGGUACUCAGAGCAGAUACCUUCAACUCCAUACGACCCAACAGUUUUACGUGAAGCUUUUGAAAAGUCUGUACUUAAGAGAUUAAUGACAGAUGUGCCAUUUGGUGUACUUCUGUCGGGUGGAUUGGAUUCAUCACUUGUUGCUGCUGUAGCAUCACGUCACUUGGAAGAAAUGGAAGGAGCUUACCAAUGGGGUUCACAGUUGCACUCCUUUUGCAUUGGACUGGAGGGUUCUCCAGAUCUCGCAGCUGCAAGAGAAGUUGCUGAUUAUCUUGGAACACGUCAUCAUGAGCUUACUUUCACUGUUCAGGAAGGCAUUGAUGCACUUGAAGAGGUUAUAUAUCAUAUUGAAACCUACGAUGUUACAACUAUCAGAGCCAGCACCCCUAUGUUUCUGAUGUCUCGCAAAAUCAAGUCUCUUGGAGUUAAGAUGGUUCUCUCUGGUGAAGGAGCUGAUGAAAUUUUUGGUGGUUACUUGUAUUUCCACAAGGCACCUAAUAAGAAGGAACUUCAUGAGGAAACAUGCAGAAAGGUCAAAGCUCUUCAUCUGUAUGAUUGCCUGAGGGCCAAUAAGUCAACAUCAGCUUGGGGUGUUGAAGCACGUGUUCCCUUUCUGGACAAAGAUUUCAUUAAUGUUGCAAUGAGUAUUGAUCCAGAGUGGAAAAUGAUAAAACGUGAUCAAGGGAGGAUUGAGAAGUGGAUUUUACGCAAUGCUUUUGAUGAUGAUAAAAAGCCGUAUCUUCCCAAGCACAUAUUGUACAGGCAGAAGGAACAGUUCAGUGAUGGAGUGGGAUACAGUUGGAUUGAUGGUUUGAAGGAUCAUGCUAGCAAACAUGUUACAGAUUCAAUGCUAGCUAACGCGAGUUUUAUAUAUCCUGACAAUACUCCAACAACAAAAGAAGGGUAUUACUACAGGUCGAUUUUUGAAAAAUUCUUUCCUAAGAAUGCUGCUAGACAAACAGUUCCAGGUGGUCCAACUGUUGCCUGCAGUACUGCAAAAGCAGUGGAGUGGGAUGCCGCAUGGUCGAAAAAUCUUGAUCCAUCUGGUCGUGCAGCUCUUGGAGUUCAUGACGCUGCUUACCACGAAGAAGAGGCCGGUAAAAAUGAUAUUCCAGUUUAGUGACUCCUGUCAGUCAAGCUCCAGGAGGUCAAGAUGGAGUCAAGACCCACAGUUGUCUAAAUGAGGACUUGUCGCCGGUGCAUUCUCUCUUGAGAAACAAUUUCACGGUGCCUUGUUUCAGGAGGAAUUUAUUGCGUGGACUUCGGGUUGCUUGAAGAUGAAAAAUUAGCGGCAUCUGUUGUUUCUUUCAACUUUAAACAACGCAAAAGAUUAGCGUUUUUACAUCAUUUGUUUUCCUUUUGACAGAUUUGUGCCCUCUUCUGAUUGAGGAUGAAUUUUCUUUGAUCAGGAAUUCUUCUGUAUUGUUAUUUGCUAAUAUUGGCCCUUUUGUUUCCGUCCAAA